UGAUGCUUGUUAACUGAGCGAAGGGAUCUGGCAAAGAAGGGAAGAUGGCGAGAGGUGGCAGGAGCUUGAGAAAAGUCGCUGAUUGCUUGAAACAGUUACCUUCUACAGCCAGCCGGGAAAUACAGACUAGGUACAACGUCAGAUAUCUGUCAUCAUGUGGGAUCCUGAUGACGCGACUGCCUCCCCUGCUGGGUUCAGCCACGCCAGGGCUUGGCACCGGCACCAUGUUGCCUGCCCGCAGCUUCUUCAACCUGGCUGAGUCCCUCUCCAAGAGGAAGGAGUACUCAGAGAGACGCAUCAUUGGGUAUUCCAUGCAGGAGAUAUAUGACGUGGUGGCCGGCGUGGAAAACUACCGCCACUUUGUUCCCUGGUGCAAGAAAUCUGAUGUGGUGUUCAAGCGAUCUGGUUUCAGCAAGGCCAAACUAACCGUGGGAUUUUCUCCUGUGGUGGAGAACUACACCUCUCUUAUCACCACAGUUCGCCCCCACCUGGUCAAGGCGUCCUGUUCGGAUGGGAAACUGUUCAACCACUUGGAGACGGUUUGGCGCUUCAGCCCAGGCCUCCCGGGUUACCCUCGUACCUGCACUGUGGAUUUUGCUAUCUCCUUCGAGUUUCGCUCCCUGCUCCACUCCCAGCUCGCUCACGUCUUCUUCGACGAGGUGGUGAAGCAGAUGGUCUCGGCGUUCGAGCGUCGCGCCUCCAAGGUCUACGGCGCGGAGACGGCCAUCCCCCGCGAGCUCAUGUUCCACGAGGUCCACCACACGUAGCGCCGCUUCCUGCUGCACAAACACAGAUACACAGACAAACACAACGCCCUGAUGCCAAUGCCAGAGAGGAGUGUAGACAUUAAGUAGAGACUAGCUGUGUUCUAACUGAAAACUACAGUGCCUUUUUUACAGCGGUGACCAAGUUCAUUCCCAACAAUCUCCUGUUUCAUUUUGUAAAACCGAUGUGGAUCCACCUUUCUGCUAAACAUUUACAUUUUUACAUCAUUUCCAUUAUCUGAAUGUAACACGUGCCUGGCUGUGACACUGAGUUCACAGGCUGUGAAUGUGGGGUGAAAGCACGGCGUAGCAGUGCUGUCGGUCAUGAUUGGUCAAGCACAUAUGUCAUCACAUCUGUAAACAUUAGCUACACUCAGCAGUUAACUACACUGGUAGUGCAACUGCAAUAAACUUUAAUUUGAAAAGCUGCUGCAGGAAGACACUGCACCAGCAUGUCUUCCAAAAUAAAACACGUGUUCCUAUCAGUGUUUAGGGAGAAUAAUAUGGUCGACCAUAGGGGACUGGACAGUUGUUAUCACUGUAUAUUGUGGUUCAUGACAGUGAUACAACUUCUGUAGUGUUACAGAUGCAACUUUUUCAUUAUCGAUUGAUUUUUAUUUCGAUUCAUUUAUCAGUUAUUUGGUUUAAAAUAACAGAAAAUGGCUUAAAAUCACUAUCACAGAUCAGAAAGUGACGUCUUCAAACGUCCAAAACCCCAAAAAAUUCAGGAAUAAGCUAAUUUUUUAGCAUAUAAGCUUAAUAAAUGACUCUGGCGUUUAAUCGAAAAUUAAAUUAGUUGCAGAUUAAUCGAUUAAAUGACUAACAGUCCCAGCUGUAGUUGGGAUACAAGCUAAAUAAUGCAGAUGAGCCUUUAUGAAGUUAUGGAGAGAAGGGAGCAGGUCUGUGCAAAGUCUGAGGUGAAGCUACUGGAUGUUGCAAAGUCGUGAUAAAGACUAAAUAUUAUCAUUUUAUCAGUUUGGAUGAUGUUAAAUGUUCUUCUAAAAUACUCCUGCACCUGACUGCAUGCAGCUAAUGUUUGUCUCUAUGCAGAUUCAGGAUUAGAAAACAGUUCUGACAAUGAAGCUACAGCAGCUGGUCAGUGGAGACGAUCACCUUUCUGUGUCAGACAGUUCAGCGGUUGUCCCAGGUCAACCCCAUUACACGUGCAGGUGCAUCUGUAAUCUCAAGGAUCCGUUACUUGGCACUAACAGCACAUGUCCUCUGACAGCUAACCCACAUCUGAUGUGAGUCAGGAGCUCAGUGGAAAAGGAUUAAUACAGGAUCCAGCGAGAGCUUGACUCAGGUGAGAGAAGGAAAAGUACUUCCUGAGACUCUGCUCCUGAGAAAGUCGUGCAGGGAAGAGCUGCAACAAACACCUAACAGCGUUCAUCCAUUUAGACUAUGAAAUGUUAAAAAAUCUUGCAAUUCACAAUUUCCCAGAGGGCACGGUGAUGUCUUCAGAUUGUAACAAGUCUAUCGAUCAGUUUCCUGUGAUUGGGUCGUUAUUACCUAUGGAUCACGUUAGUGCUCGUCCCACAGGAAGGCCGAGGUCAAAGUGACGCCAGCAAGUCUUGCUGUGGUGAUGUGAUGACAUGCAGCACCAAUCGCUGUAAGACCAGGGUCCAAAUAGUGUUACAACCUCGAUGCUUGUCUGUGAUGUACUAAACGUGAAGGGCACAACGCAACAAAACAACAACUAGGUCUAAACUAGGCUCGGGCGGUUUCAUGGUAUUAAUGGUAGAAAACGUAUGAUACACUGAACUGAACAGUCACCCUGCAGGACAUAUGUUGUCUUCCUGGAUGAUUAGAUCCACUAGAUUUAAAGAUGAUCCAUCACUUUAUGGCUGGUUUAUUUUUGUAUUCAUCCUUUUAUUCCAGACUACCUUUAACUCAACAUGAUCUAUUUUUGCCCAUAUGAACAUUUACCUGUUCAUAUAAUUGGUAUUAGCCCGCACUGCAGGAUUUCUCCUUUCAAAAUAAAUGAAUAAAUAGAUUGUUAUUUUUAAAUCCCAUCAUAUACCGCAUCAUGGUAUGAAAAAAUAAAUACCGCCCAAGCCUAGUCUGUACACAUACUACUAAACUCCACCAGUCAAGUUUAUUAUAAGAAUGUAUUAUAAGAGUAAAGGGCAGGCAGGUUAGACUGUGUCAUUUUGUAUUAAGAGGAUGUGCAGGAGGACGAUGUGUGGAGACGACUGCAGACAUGUACUAAAUGUACUGUACACUAUCAGGAAUACACACACCUUUCAAAGGGUGCUCAACUUUUA